CAAUAGCAGGGUGAGGAGGAGGUUACCUCAAACAAGGCAAAAACAGAGCUUGGCCGAUGUUGCGGGAAUUUCGAAGCAGAAUUUAUAUCACGCCUUUCACCUUCCCUCUUCAGAAAGAAAGCACAUAAAUUCUAUAUUACACACGAUCGCAUACAGAUUUAUGCUUCUUCUUCUUCUUCUUCUUCUUCUUCUUUUGAUGGCCUCUCUUCUCUUACCAAACUCCUCCUUCUCCUCUGGAUCUAACCAUCUGCUUUCAUUUACUGUAAUUAUUCCUGCUCUUCCUUUUCCCUUGGACUAGUCAUGCUUUCUAUAAACCACCACCACCACCUCUCUCGUAUACGGCUUUCUCGACCACCCAAACCUUUUUCUUCCUCUCCCCUUUAUUCUAAUUCAUUCCACAACUUCAAGUUAAAUGGAUCGAGUGCAGGAGGACUACGAUUGUGCCAUAAGAUUGUUCAAGUCAGGGCCUUCGAUGAAGACUUGUCUGGUGUAUCCUCCCCGCUUGAUGACUGGGCUAACAAUGAUGGGGCUGCUGGCUAUAUGCUAUUAUCCAGUGACGGGGAAGACAGUGAUGGAGAAUAUAUUAUAAAUCCCGUGACGGAUAUGGAGUUGCCUACUGCUAAAGUAUCAACUAAUGAUGCUCUUACACUUACAGCUCACAGGCUUGCAAUGAUUGGGAGGGCCCCCCGAAAACGUAGGAACAAACUCGGGACAUUAAUUAAUUUGUGUCUGCUAGCCUUUUUGAUGGUUCUUCUCUUAUUUGUUGAUUGGUGUGCAUGGAAGAUUGUCAGAUUACCCCUAGAACCAUUUUACUUGUGUCGUCCAUUUUUUAUAUCAGCAGUUCUAGUCUCUUUUUCGGGUUAUCUUUGUGUUCCACUACUUAGUGAGUUAAGAAUUCAUCAGAAUAUCUGGAAAGAAGGGCCACUUCAGCACUCCAAGAAAAGGGCAAGCCCCACAAUGGGUGGACUAUUUUUUGUACCAAUUGGUGUAGGCGUUGCAAAAUUUGUUGCUGGUUUCUCUUCUGUUGAAGUUUCUGGAGCAGCAGUGGCAACUCUGGCAUUUGCAACAAUUGGCUUACUAGAUGACAUUGUAACCAUCAUAAAAAAUCGAAAUAGUGGUUUGUCUCUGUGGGUGAAAAUAUUUUUGGAGGUAGCUGUUGGGACCUGCUUUUCGUUUUGGUUGCAUACUACAAGUAUAUCAUCACCCUACAGCAUGAAAAUGCUGGUUGCCCUACCUGCCCCACUGGGCCUCAUAUGCUUAGGAAAAUAUUAUUCUUUGUUGACAUCAUUUUGUUUUGUUUCCAUGGGAAAUGGCAUUAACUUAACGGAUGGUCUAGAUGGCCUAGCUGCUGGAACGGCUGCAUUGGCUUUUGUAGGAAUGUCGAUCGCAGUGUUGCCAAUAUAUCCUGAACUUGCUAUAUUUGGGGCAUCGAUGGCAGGAGCCUGUUUUGGUUUUCUGUUGCAUAACCGGUACAAGGCUUCUGUAUUUAUGGGGGAUACUGGAUCCUUGGCAUUGGGUGGAGCAUUAGCUGCAAUGGCUGCUUGUAGUGGAAUGUUCCUUCCAUUAUUUAUCUCAUCUGGGAUCUAUUUCUUGGAUGCAUCAUCAGUGAUCAUGCAGGUACUGUACUUCAAGACAACCAAAUGCAUGAGGGGAGAUGGGUGCCGUUUGUUCAGGAUGGCUCCUAUUCAUCAUCACCUCGAGUUAUGUGGGCUAAAGGAACCAGUCAUUGUUGCUGGGGCUUAUGUUAUAUCCGGAGUGUUGGCUCUGUUUGCUGGUUAUGUAGGUCUAAUAUCUGCAUAGUUUCUGAAGCAUUUUUGCUCAUUUCUUCUUAUCACUUUUGCAGUUAGUGCGCCAGGUUUUAAUUUUCCAAAUGCUUUUUUUAUUCUUCUUUUGGAGUUCUUCCCUUCAAACGGACUUCUUGUAAAUUUGAUUUAGAGAAUCAGGUAGAGAUGUAGUAGAUCUUGAGGCA